CCAGCCAGCAACUACUCCUGCCAUCCACUCCUGAGCCAGUUACCCUCCAGAGCAACAUGAUGCUCAAGUCUGUCACAGAGAGCUUUGCUGGUAUGAUUCACGGCUUGAAAGUGAACCACCUGACAGAUGGUAUCAUUCGGAGGAGCAAGAGGAUGAUCCUGGAUUCUCUGGGCGUUGGCUUCCUGGGGACAGGCACAGAAGUGUUCCAUAAAGUCACCCAAUAUAGUAAAAUCUACAGUUCCAACACCUCCAGCACUGUUUGGGGUCGACCAGACUUCAGGCUCCCACCGACAUAUGCUGCUUUUGUUAAUGGUGUUGCUGUUCACUCCAUGGAUUUUGAUGACACAUGGCACCCUGCCACCCACCCUUCUGGGGCUGUCCUACCUGUCCUCACAGCUCUAUCGGAAGCCCUGCCUCAGACUCCCAAGUUUUCUGGCCUCGACCUGCUGCUGGCGUUCAACGUUGGUAUUGAAGUACAGGGACGAUUAAUGCACUUCUCCAAGGAAGCCAAAGACAUACCAAAGAGAUUCCACCCUCCCUCUGUGGUGGGGACUCUGGGAAGUGCUGCUGCUGCGUCCAAGUUUCUGGGGCUCAGCUUGACAAAGUGCCGCGAGGCAUUGGCUAUUGCUGUUUCCCACGCAGGGGCACCCAUAGCGAACGCUGCCACUCAGACUAAGCCCCUUCAUAUUGGCAAUGCAGCCAAGCAUGGGAUGGAAGCCACGUUUCUGGCAAUGCUGGGCCUCCAAGGAAACAAACAGAUCUUGGACCUGGGGUCAGGGUUCGGUGCCUUCUAUGCCAACUACUCCCCCGAAGACCUUCCAAGCCUGGAUUCUCACAUCUGGCUGUUGGACCAGCAGGAUGUGGCCUUUAAGAGCUUCCCGGCACAUCUGGCUACCCACUGGGUGGCAGAUGCAGCUGCAGCCGUGAGAAAGCACCUUGUGACACCAGAAAGAGCCCUGUUCCCUGCUGACCACAUCGAGAGAAUCGUGCUCAGGAUCCCUGACGUCCAGUACGUAAACAGGCCCUUCCCGGACUCAGAGCAUGAAGCCCGUCAUUCUUUCCAGUAUGUGGCCUGUGCCUCGCUGCUCGACGGUAGCAUCACUGUCCCAUCCUUCCACAGCCAGCAGGUCAAUAGGCCUCAGGUGAGAGAGUUGCUCAAGAAGGUGAAGCUGGAGCAUCCUCCUGACAACCCGCCAAGCUUCGACACGCUAUACUGUGAAAUAAGCAUCACUCUAAAGGACGGGACCACUUUCACCGAGCGCUCUGACACCUUCUAUGGUCACUGGAGGAAACCACUGAGCCAGGAAGAUCUGCGCAACAAGUUCCGAGCCAAUGCCUCAAAGAUGCUAUGCAGGGACACGGUGGAAAGCCUUAUAACGGUAGUAGAAAAGCUAGAAGACCUAGAAGACUGCUCUGUGCUAACCAGACUUCUGAAAGGACCCUCUGUCCAAGAUGAAGCUUCAAAACUAUCCAGCAUGUCCUCAUUCGAUCACACAACGUUGCCCAGGUUUACCAAUAUCUAAACGACGUUGCACUGGAAGAAAUACAUUGUUUUGGUUUCCUGCUCCACCUUCCCAGCAAUGAGCUCAGCAAAGUAGAGAGUCCAGAAACAGAGACAAGCGUAUAUGGAAAGAGGCUUGUCUAUAAUUUGAUAAAAACCAGUCCUACUACCUUCAAGAUAUCAAAGAAACAAACAACACAGGAUCUGAUGUGUAUUUCAUAGGGGUACAGUCUAAGUCACCUGUUGUCUGCUUGUAAUGUUUUCUGAGGAAUUAUUUAUUAACUCUGGGAACUUCACAGAUGUAGAGGAAGUGGAACGUGCUGGCUGGCUGCAGAUGGAGCAAGCUUGGUCUGCCCAUGACUUAUCCAGACAGGGUGCCCAACCAACCCCUCUUUUUUUUUUCUUUCCACACAGAGCCUUAAGUGUGUAGCCAAGAAUCCUUCUGCUCAGCUUCUCUACUGCAGAUCAGACAGUUUGACUUGGGGUGGUGAAGCAGUGUGGCAUAAGACCCAAGGUUUCAUUCUCUAUAUUAGAUAGCCUGUUAGCUCAAAAAAAAAAAGCAUUUUGAGAAUAUUUGACAAGUUGAAGACACAAUAAACAUGAAAAGGGGAAAGUUGUAAACGUGUCACAUUAGCAACCACGCUGAAUGUCUUCUGAAUCCCUAGUGUUCUCAAGAAAAGAACGGGUUCUAAGUCCCAGAUGUUGCCUGGCGAGCAUCCUCAGGGAAAUAGUGUGGGUAGCCAUUUGACAACUCCAGCAAGAAUAUAUCAGUUCUCAGUUCAUAGGAGUAGAAAAUAUAGUUAGAAAAAUGAUAAUCCAAUGGAAGAAAGGAAAAAAAGAGGGAGUGGUAAACAAAGAAAAUAUGAUGUUUGGAAAUCACCAUAUAAACAGAAAGAAUCUUGAGUAUAUCCACAGUGCCAACAAACAAAAACAAAAGCCAAACAAGAAAUGCUCCUGCUAGCUAGAAUCAAGAUUGUUAGAACAUGCUUCGUUUUUAAAAUGCUUAGCAGUUUUAUUGAUGUUUUAUUAAUCACCCACCUGAAGUAUACCAUCCAACGACAUAUAGUAAAUUUGUGCUCACAUUGCC